AUAGUUGUUUUAUUCGGUCACUGAUUUAUAUGCCACACUGUGCAAUGUAGCGUAAUCCACUUCCCUACACUCUUUGGACCAUGGCAUCUAUUACUACAAAGCCAUCUUGCAAUAGACAGGGUAAUGUGUGUUGUUAUAACCACUAUCUUGGUCCAACCAGUAACAUCUGCUCCGAAUGUCAUCAUGGAUAUUAUGGAUUGAACUGUAAGCAGAAAUGUGGAAGUGGGUUUUACGGACGUUUGUGUAGAAGUUCAUGCGAGUGUCCUGCGACAGAAUGUAAUCACGUGACAGGAUGCAUCAAUGGUUUGAGGUCUACUCAAACAUCAGAGUCUACACAAUACACAUCAACUGUGGGGAUCAUAAGAAAUACUUAUAACCCAAUUAGGGUAUAUUCCGCGCCGUCACCAGCAGACAGACAUCAUCACACCGACUGGGCAUCUGUAAGCGGUUCAUUGAUUGGUUCCCUUGCAAUACUCUUUCUCAUUGGAUGUCUCAUAUAUUUCCGUCAUACGAUCAGUAUGCCAGAUCGGAAAAGUAUUCGACGGAUCUUUCUUAGUUGUAGAGACUCAGAGAGAAACCGGCGACAAAUACAAGGACAAGAUAUCGAACUAUCCGCUGUAUCUCCAAGCCGUCUGUGUCGACGAGAUAGGGGUGUCAACGUUGAACCCAGUUACCCACAAUACAGCGGCACUUGUCCGGAACAAUGUGUAAAUACAGUUUGUGAAGAUCCGCGUGAAAAGGGAUAUUCAAGCUCUACUGAACCCAGAAACAUCUCGAAAUACAAUACAUAUCAAAAAUCCACAUUUCGAUCUGAUUAUGACCACGUCAAUCUUAAAACGAAAUUAAGUUCUGUAAUACAGUCGUUCGACAAGGAAUUUGAAGUCAUAUAUAAUGACAAUGAUGAAUUUGAUAUACAUAUGGACAGAAAGAAUGGGCAGUGCGGAUCUGAACAUCAUGACGGAUACACCCACAAUUCUAUGACAUUACCCAGGUGUUUGAAACACGUGACAGAAAAGAAAACCAUGACUUUGGGGUCACUUAGUUUGUGUCACAUAUCGUCGGCGAUCGACCUCAGGAAAAGCGAAUCAGGGGGAGAAAACUCCAAGAAGUAUCGUACACGAGAAGACGACCAGUGUGCAACAUCUAACAUCAGUCUUCACGUACACACACCAGUCAGGCCGUACAGUUUAGUCCAUGCUUUGUCAUGUGACGAUUUACGCGCAGAAGAGGAGGUGAACAAAGACACAAAACUUUUCAAGGUUGCUACACCUGAACUAGGAAAAACCUUAAAUGGGAGACCGUACAGCUUUGCAAAUUCAAUGAAAUAAGAAAGGUAGGAAAUUGCAGCAGUACUUUUACAAUGUCGACACAAGAGGCUCGUGGACCUUGGAUGUCACUUGAUGUCUUUAAAGACUUUUUCAGCGAUAAUCAGAGACUCCGACACAUUGGGAUUUAAGAUACACAUUGAUGAUACAUCUGCAUUCAAUGUCCUCUGAACAUUCCGUUACGUUCACUGCCGUGGGUAAUUAUGUCAAAAAUAAACAUGUUUAAGAAGAUUCCCCUAGAGACUAUAUAUUUUUAUUCGCAGGAGAGUUAAGUACCAUUUUUCUGGUUGUUAGUGUCUUUUAAGUAGACUAGCAAGUAUUUAAGUAAAAGGUUUUAUAUAACUAAUUCUAAUGCUGUGAAAUACACUUGUGAUUUGUAAAGUACCUCUGCCAUGUGAUUGAAAAUUUACAGGGAAGUAAAUAUUUAGUCUUAUAAUACUUCAGCAGAAUGAAUGAAUAGAGAUUUCUGUACAAGGAAAAGGCGUACAUUAAAAUCCUUUUAAAAUAAUAAA